CGAAGAAGCCGGGUCCUAGCGCGAAAACACUUACACCGCGCUUCGCGUUUAGCAAAAAAAAAUAGGUUUCCAAAUUCCAUUCUCGAUUUCUGCUGCUCCGUUUUAAGUUCCGCAGUAAAACAGUUCAGAAAUUGCUUUAGUGGGUGUGAAAAGGAGCCGCUGGGAGACUAAUUUCCGGCGAAUGCACCAGGAGUUGAGCCUCGCGGCGUAACAGUGAGUGCCGGCCUCGGAGGAGCCACCAGAUGAUCGGCUCGUUCUGGAACCUGUGCCGCGCAUGCCCGUCCAUGCCCGUCGAUAAGCUGCACUCGGAGUACCGCAGCACAUACAGAUGGCACGAGUACAAGGAGCAGCAGCAGGGCGUGAUGAAGCAGCCGGCGCCCACGCCACCCAACGUGCUGCCUCUCACCAGGGGUCCCAUGGAGCCGGCGAUGCCCCGGCGCAAGAAGUACCCCGGCGUGGCGUACAAGACCAACGAGCUGUUCGACCCGGCGCCCGCCGACGACAUCCGCCCGCAGCAGACCUCCGCCUUCGAUAGAGCCAGGAGCGCUCAAAGGAACGAUGCUGACAGGGCAGGCCGGCGCAGCAAGUCUGAAGGUCCUCGCCAACCGCGGUGGACGGACACCGUCGAACCAAAGCAACACCAAACUGAUCCUCUCAUCGAUCCCCAGGGCUCCACAGCCCUCGGCGACGUGGUGGCAGCGAAGGAGCCCGAGGUGGUGAGCACGGAGUACAGCCAGCAGUUCGCCUGGCCCAAGGACACCACGGAUUCUGCCCCUCGGAAGAGCAUCUCCAUGGGAGCGCUGAAGAAGGCCGCCGUGGCUGAAGGGUCGGUAGAAGCCGAACCUCUCAUGAACCAUGUGGACGACCACGAUGACCACAAGAGGUACAUCGAAGACUACCUAUGGAACGGCCAGAAGCCAGGAGUGCAGAGAAAAUCGACGUUCCGUAGCGCGCUAUCGGCCCUCAUAUCCAACGGGGAGGAUCGUUCCAAAGAUAAUAGGAAACGUUACAAAAGCGAGUACAAAAAGAAAUUUAGACCGUUCUCUCAGUACGUGUAUGAGGCGUCUAAAGGGACAUUUACGAAAUGCAGGGGGAAAGGAAAGACGAAUGAGGAGGCGAGCGAGAGGAUGCUGGGGGAGAAGCAAGUGGCAGGGGGGUCGGGGGAGGGCGCGGGGGCGGGGGCGGGGGCCGGGGCGCGGGCGGGGGCGGCGGGGCCCGCGGGGGCGGCGGGGCCCGCGGGGGAGGACAGCGCCAGCACGCUGCGCGCCGCCGGCCUGCAGCCGCUGGGGCUCGCGCAGGGCGACUCCUGGUACCGCGAAGUCCUGGACCUGCGCAAGCGCGCCGGCGAAUACAAGUACCGCGGCUGGGGAACCGAACUAGCUCCUGAACACAUCACACAGCUUUACAAUAAGCAAAUCGAGCUCUGGUACCAAGUGUCGCGCCGGUCCUCGCUGUCAGCCCUAUCACUUGCUUCCACCAAUCACAAGGCAUUGCCUCGAGACGAAAAAGAUGGCAAGGAGUCCAAGGGUACUUCCCCGAAGAAGUUCCGCUCGUUCCGCUCAGCGCCGCACCAGUCUAUCCACGCCAAGCUGCAAGAGACGAAGGCGCUGGAGCGGUCCCCUCAUAAAACCUCGCCUCAGAAGCAGAGGAAGAAGCUGCAGGGGCAUAGCUUCGACGAAGGAGCUGCUCAAGACGGCGCCAAAUCGGGCGAGAACCUAUCGUUCCGGUCGCCGCGCCGCCGCCCACGCUCCGCCGACCCUGCGCCCGCGCACGGCUCUCCGCACGCCAAGCAUCUGCCCAACGGCCACGAACCAUCGCCAAGGCCCGCCAAGCCUACCGGUUUGCCGUUGAGUAGAGGGGCUAGUAAUAGAGUUAGGUCUACAUCCCGCGGGGGGCGGUCCCCCUCCGCGCCGAGCAAAGUGGCCCCCCUUACUAACGGGGUGGUGGCCCCUGGGGCCCUGGGGGCCACCGGGGCGCCGGGCAGGGGCCGCCGCAGCCGCAGCGUCUCGAAAGUGGGAAUAAAGUUGGAUGACGAGAUCCCGUCUCACCGGAGCGCGUCCGUGGCCAAAGACCACUUCUUCGACGACUCCCCUGUCGUGAAAUCGCCCCCUGAACCUACCAGGGUGAAGUCCCCGGAGCAGAUGAACAUGCGGUCCCCUGACCCUGUCAACUGGACCGUUCCCCUGGACACGGGGAAAACCUUCACAGUGACGCAAAACGUCAAGAGCGAAAUCGCGCCAAUCCACCACCAACAAAUGUCUCCGAUUCGCUCUUUGAAAAAGAGCGAGUCCCCGACCAGCCUGAGCAAGCGCACGGACAAGACUCCCACCACGCCCAUCAGCCUCACCCCCAUCGACGAGACCAAGGCUCUGGACAUGAACAACGUUAACGGACUCAAUGGCCUCAACGGGAUCAACGGCACCAACGGAAUUAACGGCAGUAACCAAAUUACACCUGAAACGCCAACCCAAGAGCCGUUGAAGGAGAAAGAAGUCAUCAAAAAGUCGACUGAAGCGACCCAAGUCGCACCGGGAGUGGUCGACACGACUGUGGUGAACGAGUCCACCGGUGGGCUGACGGCCUCCGAGGUGCUGGACCGCGCUCGCACGAGAUUCGACAAGUUCUGGGGCAAAAAGGAAGAAGACAACGUUUAGUCCAACCAAGUUUCACGCUUUUCACUGUAACCUGUGAUUUUGAGAUAUUUUGUUAACUUCCAAAAUGAUUCUCCACCAUUGAAAUCAAAUUCUAAUUCACAUUAAUAUUUUCGCAUUCAAAAUCACAAUUACAGUGCGAAAGUCGAAACUUAUUAAAGAAAAGUAGGAAAAUUAAAAGCGCGGUGUUUAACUGACAAAAAUAAGAAAAAAGCUUCGCUUUAUAACGACGACUGUAAUGUGUAUUUAUUAAUUUAUUAGGUAUUUUAUUAAUACGAUCACUAUCUAUUUAAUAGGAGUGUGGUGGCUUGUGAUAGUAGUAUGAUGAUUGGUGAAUAGGAAAAAUGAAAAGGAUCCAUUAAUAACCUCUGAAUGGUACAGAAGUAGAUUCCUCUCUUCGAUUGUCCUUGGAUCCUAAAGUUCUCUUGUUAAUUUAACUACUUAUCUUAAUGUAAUUUCUAUUAACUGGAACUUAUUAUCAUCUUAGCUACUCAUCUGCUAUUUAAAACAGGACUGACACGAAAAUCAACAGAAAAUGAAUGAUGCAAAGACUGGAAUGUAGUAGUCAUUAGAUUUAUCUACAAUAAUUCAAGGAAAUAAAUUUUAUCUUGAAAUUAACUAAAAAAAGUAUUUGAAAAGAAUUAUUGAAUUUCGUGAUAGAUCUGUAAAAAUAAAUUUUAAAUUGAAAUACACAAUUUACGUUCUAUGGCCACGUGACAUUUGCGUUCGAAACAUGACGUAAAUUAUUUUGGAUGGUAUUCGAAAAAUAACAAAAAUAAAUAAGAAAUAUAAAAUUACUCCCUUAUAAAAAUACUUAGCAACUGAUAAAACCUACAAGGGCAAUUGUAUACACACAACUAAACCGUCCAACGUAGUAUUUUUUGGCAAGUCAUGUUUUCUUGGCUAUUUAUUCCAAAGUGUAGAUUGUAUUUCUGAACGUACAUUUUUGAUAUUAACCAAUCCAAGCAAAGCGUCAGAAUGACGUUUAAAAAACAACCAAUCAUAGAAGUUUAGCAUUUUUGGCGGCAUAAUCAUUUUAGUUUGCUCAUCGCAAAAGUUUUUGGAGUUAACUUUUUCAUUGAUAUUAUAAAUUGAGUCUCAUAAUAUUUUUAUAUAAGUAUAAAUAUGGAAAUAUCACGCAAAUCCUGCCGUCUCUGUCUAUCUGAAACCGAAUUCAAUGUUUCAUUGUUUGGAAACUACUGUCGUAGAACGAAUAUGAUCGAGAAAAUCCUUGUUUGCUUGAAGUUGGUUAUCGAAGAUAGCGAUACGUUGGACACAAUUUGUUACAAAUGCGCCGAAAGCGUCGAGAGAUAUUACGAUUUUGUCACACGCGUAAAGAAAUGCCAGACGCGGUACAAAGACACCUGCCACGAGCAUGAGCCUCGGCAGCGCAGCAUGGAGCUCUCUCCGACUCAUGUCAAGCGACACGUGACGUCCUACGUGAGAGAGCAAGUUUACGACGCGGAUUACACGUUUUCAUUCCUUGAAAUGCCGAACAACGACGAAAAGAAAGAGUCUAAGGUAUCUAGUCCGUUCUUUUCUUAUUUCUCCCCGCCGAACGUGCUGGCGAAGCAACCUUGCGUCGAGCCGAUGUGGAAGACGCCUAAGCCCCGCGAGAGCUCCCCAAAGAAGGAAUUAUUGAACGAAAAUAGGUAUAAAAGACCGUACAAACCUGAGAAAAGGUCGCGGCACCACUCCAGAGACCUCUUCGAGUCUCAGUCGCAGGACGUGGAGGAGCCCGAACCCAAGUCCCUCGACUGGAAACUGACCCCCGACGACAACCUAAUCAAACGGGUCAGGGAAAAAUGCUUUGGACGGUCCGAUUUCUAACAUUAUUUCAAUGUGAUUAUAUUAUUUAUUUACAAUAAGUAAUAUUAAUGAUGUUACAUUAAGUUGUAAGAUUAAUUUAUUCAAUGUUAUUGUGUAAUAAUUUAAAUAUUGAUGUUCGUGUAAUUUCUAUGGAAUUCUGUAGGAACAGGGUACUUAGAGAAAUUGGUUUGUAAAUCAUUUUUGAUGCAGUAGGUCUUCAUAGGACGCCCGUUGUGUAUGCUGACGGUGAUACAUACUGAAUUGAACUAAUUGUAUGUUAUUGUUAAGAAUAUGCCUGCGAAUGUUUUGUUUUUGUUUGUAAUUUGUAUUUAAAGUCUAGUCUACGUUUUUUUAAUGUCAAAGUCCAUCUUACAUCCUUCCAUCAACUUAAGUUUCUCUAUUUUCAAAUAAAGACGAUGUUAUUUUUUAAAAGCUUUUAAUAUUAAUUGUAAUAGAACUAGUUAAUGUACUCUGAGUACGUUAUUUAAUUAAAUAACGUGUGUAAUGUCAUAAGGAAGGUCAUGAAUGAAUUAAAUUUAAUUGUUUGGACUUAUCCGCCGUUCAAAUUAUUCGUCAGGCGCUAAAAAGUUCUGGUUUAUUAAUGUUACGAUAUUUUAAUAAUAUUAUAAUUUUAUUUUGGGAAAGGUCUUAUGCGUUUAAAAAUAAUUUGUGUGUUUACACAUGAAAAUAGCACUGGUUUAAUUUUAAAUAAGUUCCUAUUUUGAAUAUUGUUUUUUUGCGCACAAAACAUGUGAAUUUGUUUUCGAUAAGUAACAAGCCCUGCCCGAAUAAAAAUAAUUUAGAUAUAGACUCCUCCAUAGCUGGUAAUUAUGAAAUUAUAGCUUUGCUACGGGUUUAUAAUAGCGUGUGUUAAUUUUCAGUUGUUAUACCAAAUGAACACCUAAAUAAACUUUUAAAAAUGA